AUGCAGUUGAAGCCAUUUCGACCUAUUCUGUCUGAUUCUAAUUUGAACACAACACAAAGUCGUGUUCUCCUAUUCAGGAAUAGAGCGAAGAGCCUAAACAUCCGGGCUAUUUUGGCACCAAUAGUCACUCUGUCACCAAUAUUAGCUUAUGAUUUGGCAACAGGAAAUUUGUAUCUGGACACCCCUGAAUUUAGACGGCGGAAUGAUCAAAUGAUCCAGUUCAAAUUGGAAAUUCUGAACUUGAAUCAGCUUCUUGAUAUUUAUUCAGCAGCUACGGCAACUGCAUCUAGUUUUGCAUCAUACUACCCUCCUCAGUGGGCAAUUGAAGGAAGCAGUGAAAGAUAUGAUUAUGCUUGCUUUCUGUCACAAAAUGAAUCAGCUCCAUGGUGGCGUUUGGAUUUAAAAAUUUUGAGAAACAUUUUCAAUGUGAGAAUUGUUGCUGCUACUACUCGAGCUCUUUUAGAUGGUCUUACAGUAUAUGUGAGCAAUGAAACUAGUCUAAAUGUAAUGAAUGAGAAAGCUCAAUGUGGUGACAGUCUUACUGAUGGCACUGGGGUGGAUGUCAUAACAUUUGAUUGCAAUGGAACUCUAGUAGGACGAUAUGUCUACAUCACUACAUCUACAACAGGGCAGCUGGCAAUAUGUGAAGUUAUGCUUAAUGUACAAACAGGAUCAACGUCAACUGUUAGCUUUAGUUCUAUUCAAGCUGAAGCUGUUCAAAGUCCAGGUGAUGAUGGAAGUAGAACAGCUGACUUGGCCAUUGAUGGUAAUGAAUCCUACAUUGAAGCACAGUGUGCAUCUACAAUUAGUGGUUCUAACCCAUUUCUCAGAAUUGAUUUAAAACGACCACAUUUGAUCACUAAGGUUGAUGUCAAGUUUUAUGAUAGUGGUGGAAAUAGAUCAACUGUACAUGUGGGAGGCAACUUGUAUAAUGCUCGCAAUUACCAAUGUGGACCUCUUUUGUCAUAUGAAAACAAUUCUGAAGACUUUUACAGUUUUGUGUGUGGUAAGGCUCAACUUGGACAAUAUGUUGUUGUGAGUAUUAGUGGCACAGCUCAACUGCAGGUGUGUGAAAUUCACGUCAUCACAGAGAAACUACUGGACAUAUAUGCAACAGGCUCUGUUACUGCAUCUUCACAAACUUCGGACGUCAGUCACACUUGGAAAGCAGUAGAUAGAUUCACUACUACUACUGAUACCACAAGUUAUCGUUCAGUUCGAUAUGUAAAGCCAAAUGCUUACUGGAGACUGGAAUUGAUGGAAUUUGCAACUGUUUCUUUGGUGAAAAUAUCAUCAGUGAAAAACAACGGCCGACGUGGUGACUUAUUUGGAACUACUGCAUAUAUUGGCAAUACAACAACCAACAGAGGAGAGGACAACACUGCAUGUGGAACAAUAUCUGAAACAGCAACAAUAGUUAUUUAUAUUCAGUGUGUCAAUCCGAUUGUAGGGAAGUACAUAUACUUGGUUGCUUCUCGUAGACUUCUUCUUGAUGAAGUUGAAUUUUACAAGCCAGGUUUGCCAAUUAUAACAAGUCCACCCCAAUCACAGCAAGUCAUUUCUGGUUCAAACAUAUCUCUUGCCUGUUCGACAGAUGCAACACCACUACCCUCGAUCACAUGGAAACAUGGAAUGACAGCUGCAAGUGGUGCAGUAUCUCAAACGGUUUCUAAUGCUUUUACAAUGACAAGCAUGCUAACAUUGACAUCUGUGGAACGAUCUAGAAGUGGAAAUUACACAUGUGAGGUAACAAACUCUGAGGGAACACGUAGUGCUGUAGCUCUUCUCACGGUGCUUUAUGCUCCUGCAGUAGCUGCAAUGACUCAGUCUGUUGUUGCAUUGCAAGGAUCCACUGCCAUGCUGCUAGUAACAAUCUCAGGAGCUUCACCUGAUGUCCCAAACAAUGCUGCUAACAGAACAUGGUCUGGUCCAUCAGGGACAAUUACAACCAACAGCAAAUAUAACUUCUCUACAGAUCGAUACAAUCUGUUUAUAAAAGGUGUUGCUUUUACUGAUUCGGGAAGCUACAAAUUUACGGCUUCCAAUCUGAUUGGCAGUACAGCUAUUACAAUCACAUUGACUGUAGAAGCUGCUCCUGUUGUUAUUACCCACCCUAUCUCAUCAACAAUAAAUUCUUCUCAAACAGCAACAUUUGCUUGUGUAUUCACUGGAUAUCCUCCACCAAAUGUCACAUGGGAAAGAAAUGGAAACUUGUUACAGCGUGGAAGUAGAAUACAAAUACACGAGAUGGGUAACUCAAUUACUGGUCGGACUAGCACAUUAACUGUGACAGACACGACAGUAGAAGAUACUGGCAAUUAUAUUUGCAAUGCAAGUAACUCAAGGGGCUAUAAAUUGAGUGACUCAGUCCUUCUUACUGUCCAAGUGAAACCAACUGUAGUUGCUGUCAUGUCUUCUAUCGUUGUUCGAGAAGGCAGAACUGCUACUUUUACCGUCAAUAUCACCACAGCAAUUCCUACAGUGCUCAACUCUGCUGGUUCUCGUAAAUGGCAAUUUCCUAAUGGUUCAACCAUCACUUCCAAUACACGAUAUAUCUUUUCCUCUGAUUUCUUAACUUUAUCCAUUCACACGGUAACUUCUGCUGACCAUGGUGUUUACACUUUUCAAUCAUCAAAUGUUGUUGGAGUUGGGAAAGUAACUAUUACACUUUCUGUCACUUCAGGAAAACCUUUAAUUGCACUGCAACCUAGUAAUGUUGAGGUAAAUAGCAGUGCAACGGCAAUGUUUACAUGUAAUGCCACAGCUUACCCACAACCUUCUUUCACAUGGAAACAUGGGUCUACUAAUUUGACAUCUACUGACGACAUCGGCAUAAGUGCAACUGUUGGUAGUGACCCUUACAGCAGUACUCUUACUCUGUCCAAUGUGAAGUCAUCUAAUGCUGGAAACUACAGCUGCCUUGCCAGUAACAAUAGAGGAAAUGCAAAUAGUGUUACUGCAUCUCUCACUGUAUAUGUUAAACCAGUUGCUACAGCUGUUAACAGCAGCGUGACCAGCAUAUUGGGAAGCAGCGCUCUUUUAAAAGUUGCUAUUACGAAAGCUAAUCCUAUUGUUUUAAAGGACAAGAGGACUUGGCAAAAGGACAGAACAGAAUUGAAUGGAACAAAAUACUCAUUUUCUAGUGACAGACUUACUCUCACCAUCAACAAUGUGGUGGCUAGUGAUGCAGGUAACUACAUCUUUACUGCCACUAACCGAGCUGGUAGUGGGACAGCUACUAUAAUGGUCAUAGUUCUAGGACUUCCAGUGAUCACCCAAAAUCCAACCUUUAAUGCUGUGAACAAAAGUGGAACUCUUGAAGUAACUUGCAGAGCGACUGCUGCUGGAACAGACCCUAAACCUACAAGUUUUAAAUGGAAAAGAAACGGCUCUGAGUUGAUGACUAAUGACAGACUAAGCUAUUCAACAAACAGUUUUCAGGGAGCGCUUGUUGGCACUCUGGUUAUUAAAACAGUAACAGUUGAUGACAAUGGUGACUACAGGUGUAUAGCAGUAAGCAGUGGUGGACAAACACAAAGCGAUGUUGUGGCAGUUAGAGUCCAAGUUGCUCCAGAAAUUUCUGUUUCACCUGGCAAGCAUAUUGCAGUAAUUGGAGAUGAUUCAAAAGUUGAAUUUGAGCUGAUGAUUAAAAAUGCAAACAUUGUGUUUCCCGCUGUCGUCGGUGCUAACAUUGUCUGGAAGUUCACAAACCAAAUUAUUACAGCUAGCACCGCUUAUAGCUUUAGUGGAGCUAAUGAUAGAAUAUUUAUUACUGGAAAAGAGAGUUUAAGUGGUAACUACUCUGUGGAGGUGACAAAUGCUGCUGGACGUACAACAGCAGCAUUUCAACUAUCAGUAUUAGUUCCCGUAACGAUAGACCAGUUCUUAGCCAACACAACAGUUAAUGAGACAGAAAGUCUUACUCUCAACUGCAGUGCUCAUGGUGUACCUGAGCCAAACAUUGCUCUAUAUCGAGUGGUAUUAGGGUCAAAUCAGAAGCUCACGGGCUCAAUGAUAGUCUCUGGAAAAUUACUAAAUGGAGAUCCGUACAUGGCUUACAACAUAAAUUCAACUGAAGGAUUAGACAGCGGACAAUACAAGUGUAUUGCUACAAACGAUGUGCGGCGGUCAGAAACAGCCAUUUCAGAUCAGAGAACCAGUGAAAGCUCAGUGAUUAUUACUGUCAAUGUUGCUGCAAGAAUUGAUAUUCCAUCACGACCAUUAUCAAUUUCUGUUGUCAGGAAUAGGUCCUUGGCUCUUCAUUGUUCAGCAACAGGCACUCCUACUCCCACAUACAGCUGGACUCAUGACAGUCAAUCUGUUGAUAUAUCACGUUCUGGAUAUUUCCUUUGGCCAAAUGGAACUUUGGUUGUUGGAAAUGUGGGUUUAGAAGAUGCUGGUGAUUAUGUCUGCACAGCAAGUAAUUUGCUUUACUCAGAUAUGGCUGAUGUUCAAACAGUAACCGUACAUGUUGCGCCUCAGAUUAGGUUUCCUGAACGUUCUUUUACAGUCAAUUUUACUACUCCAUCUCAAAUUUCAAUUGGGUGCAGUGCUACAGGCAUUCCGCAACCAAUAGUUGAAUGGCGUGUAGCUGAUACAAAUAACAUAGUUACCAACAGUGCAAAGUAUUCUGUAAAAUUUGAUGUUGAUCAAAGCUCAAGCAAAGCAGUCUUUGAAGUGAUAAGCAAUUUGACUAUCUACAACACGAUCACCAGUGAUACACGCCCAUAUGUUUGCAGUGUUACAAGUCAUGAGUUUACAACUCCUGUAGAGACAACAAUCAAUGUCACUGUACAAGUUGUUCCAACAUUUAUAUCAUCACCCGAGAAUGUGACUGUACUAGCAGGGACUCAGGCUGGUUUACGAUGUGCUGCUUCAGCUGCACCUGUCUCAUUUAUUGAAUGGAGGAAAAAUGAAGACAUCCUAACAAACAACAGCAGAUAUAUGAUAGUUGCAUCAUCGACUUCCACAUCUCCACUUUUUGGAAGACCGUUGAUAACAACGUCAAACAUGACUAUUACUGGCAGCCAUUACACUGAUGCUGGUAUUUACUUUUGUCGUUCUAUUAAUGCGGUUGGACAAGUUGACAGCAGGGAGUCACGUCUAGUUGUUCAAGUUUCGCCAAAUUUUACUGCACAGCCACUAUCUCAAAUUCGUAACAUGACUGAUUUGGUGAUGUUUACUUGUGCAGCCACUGGAGUUCCAGAACCAAAUAUUACAUGGCAAACAACAGGAGGAGCUAUUAUUUCUCCUUUAGCAAUAAACGAUAUUGUGUUGGGUUCAGAUAGCACUCUCUACACGACAACAAGUCGUCUUACAAUUAGCAACAUCCAUAAAAGCUAUGAUGGUGAUUUUGUUUGUACUGCAUCGAAUGACAUAGAACCAUCUGUAAUGUCCAACAGUGCAACUUUGACAGUUCAAGCUGCUGUGCGUCUGCGAGAUGGAACGACAGCAGAAAAUGGGCGAGUUGAAGCCUACAUCAGUGGAUUGUGGGGCACCGUCUGUGACGACGAAUGGGACAUGCUUGAUGCAGCAGUCGUGUGUCGCCAGAUCGGCUUCGGUACAGCUGUGUGUGGUGUGGUGUGGUUUGGUGUGGCAUGUGUGUUUUGUGUGGUGUGUAUGUAG